CCUCAAAUUCAACCAAGCAAUCAUUCCAAGGAGAAAUCGCUUUCUCUUGAGCACGCACACUCUCUCUCUCUCUCUCUCUCUCUCUCUCUGUUCUUCGCAUCGCAACCCUCAAAGCCCUCAAUCGUACCCUCAAUCUACAACACUAGACUGAGUUUUUUUUCAUGAGAUAAGGCGAAUUCUCAUCUGGGUUUGAUUUAUUUAGGACAUUUCAGCUUACAGCUUGCCUUAUUCUGUCACUCUAAUCCGUGGAGUUGAAAGUUUUGUGGCACAUAUUCAGCUGAUUUGCUGAUUUUCUUUUGGUAGCAAAAGUUUGCUUUGGGACUUCAUUUGUUUAUUCUUAUGACAUUUUGGCUUACAGCUUGCCUUAUUCUGUCAUUCUAAUCCGUGGAGUUGAAAGUUUUGUGGCACAUAUUCAGCUGAUUUGCUGAUUUUCUUUUGGUAGCAAAAGUUUGCUUUGGGACUUCAUUUGUUUAUUCUUAUGGCUACUAAUGAAAAUCUCCCACCAAACGUAAUUAAGCAACUUGCAAAGGAAUUGAAGAAUCUUGAUGAAUCCCCUCCUGAAGGCAUUAAAGUUGGUGUUAAUGAUGAUGAUUUUUCGAUCAUAUAUGCGGAUAUUGAAGGCCCAGCUGGCACUCCUUAUGAGAAUGGUGUUUUCCGCAUGAAGUUGUUAUUGUCUCGUGACUUCCCACACUCUCCUCCUAAAGGCUACUUCCUGACAAAGAUUUUCCAUCCAAAUAUUGCAACUAACGGUGAGAUUUGUGUCAACACCUUGAAAAAAGAUUGGAAUCCAAGUCUUGGAUUACGACAUAUUCUGAUUGUAGUUAGAUGUUUAUUGAUUGAACCAUUUCCAGAAUCAGCGUUGAAUGAACAGGCGGGCAAGAUGCUGCUUGAAAAUUAUGAAGAAUAUGCAAAACAUGCCAGACUUUAUACUGGAAUCCAUGCCAAGCCAAAACCCAAGUUUAAAACAGGAGCUAUUUCAGAGUCGACUACUGCACUGAACGUUGACCAAACUAACAGCUCUGCACUUAAUGCUGAUCAAAAGAACACAGCACCUGGUGCUGCUUUGCCAGUGAUCUCUGCAUCUCCGUCCCCACUGGCCCCUAUUACCGUGAUGAGAGGAAAUGGUCAGGAUCAACCAGCUGUUGCUCCAGUGGAGACUGGAGUUAGUGGCUGUGCUGCAUCAGCAGCAGCAACUACUACAACGAUAAGGAAGGAAGGUGGAUUGACAAAAGCACAGGCAGACAAGAAGAAAAUAGAUGCAAGGAAGAAAAGUUUGAAGAGAUUAUGAAAACGGGGAAAAAUGAUUGAAUUUGUUGUUGUGCAGUUUGUGACUCGUUUGAAUGAGAGAAUGAGAGGUGGGGUUGAAAAGUGAAGAGCCAAAAUAUGAGGGAGGAGGUUGGGGGGAAUGUGUGGUGUAAGAAAUACUGGAAUUGGGCAAAAAAUUGAUGGAUUAAAUUUACCAGUUUCCCUUUAUCUUCAUCUUUGUUAGUGCUCAUUAACAUAAUUUCCAUA